UGCAAUUAUACAAAAAGAUAGAGGACAUAAAUGUUUUAUUUGCAUAGGGCAUUCUUACAUGGCGAACCGGUCGUAUGACUUAUUGUUAGGCGGCGUUGAUCCACACAUCGGCUCUGAAUUUUACCCAAUUGACUUCUUGGAGAGCAAUAUGACUCCACUGAACUUUGCCAACUACGUGGCGGCACACAGAAAAGAAGUGUUCGAAUUGUUUGCCUUUAGCCUUAUAGUCGCAGAGAAGCUUCCAAGUACUUGUUUGUACUUUAUUUUGGUGAAUGUAGCCACUAACCAGUAUCCUCGUGAAUAUUUGCUUUCAUUUAAUAGUCAGUGUUCGUUUUUCAAUUAUUUGUAUUGUAAAAUAUAUGAACUAACGCUUAAAACUUUAAACUGAAAAUAUUUGAGUUAAU